AUGGUGUUAAAGACUGUAUAUAUUGCGCGGCAUGGGGACGUUAUCAAGAGGGAGACCACUCCAGGAAGGGAUGGAGAGGAGGAGGUGUUCCCGCCCACGGGAGUUCCAGGCGAUUUCCCACUGUCUGCCACAGGCGUGUUGCAGUCGAGGGAGUUGGGGCACUACCUUCUGUCAUUGGACACUCAACCGGAGGCGAUACUGAGCUCCCCAGGGUAUAGGACCGUGCAGACUGCUACUUUGGUGAACGAUUUGCUGGAGGUCCCGCUAUUCGUGGACACUGGGUUGAACACAUGGGCGCAAGACGAUGGCGAUGAAGAUGACGACGGUGCUGCGCAGCCUGCAGACGUAGAUACUUUGAACAAACUGUUUAAGGAUUCUGUCAAGGGCGACUGGGAGAGUUGUGUUCCCGCGGCUACAUCUGCGGAGACGCAAGAGAUACUGUUUGCAAGGUGCAAGUUGUUCUUAAGCAAGGUCGCCGAGCAAUUGGAUAAGCAGGUCCCCGAUGCUGAGACUGUUCUACUGGUGACAGACGCUCCCGUGAAGGUCGCGCUCGGGUUGAACCUGCUGCGCUAUGGACGCUGUAUCGACUACCUGGACGACGAGGAACAGACCACGAUACGGUCUGGGUACUGUUCCCUCGACAAGUACGAACUUGCGGUUAGGUACAAUGAAGAGGAAGACGAGGAGGACCAGAUCGUGGUCCCCCUCACGGAUCGUGAAUGGCGGAUGACGAUGAACGGUAAUACGGAAUUCCUGAAAUCCGGUGAGGUCGGCAACUGGUCAUUUGACCGUGACUCUGUGGUACCUUCUGCGGAUCGCGAGGGGUCCCCCGCAGAUCCCGAGACAGAGACAGUGUACGUCAGCGUGGACUUGAAUUCUGGGUCCUACAAAAACCGGCUGCAAAUUGAGAAGAACGCUGUGAUGCAGUACUCCGGCAUGGAUCAAGAGCGCCCUCUAUUUCGGAUCGGCGACAAGAUCUACGAGGGAUCCUGGGAACGCCUUGUCGGGACGGAAUUUGCGUUCCCUGACGAGGCACAGCUGCACAGACGAACUGGGAUGGAACGAGCUGAAACCGCGGCUGCUGUCACUGGCAACGGAGACUCCCCCGAUGCGCUCCCAGAGCGACACCACAGCGCAGAGGACGGCUCGUCGGACAGCUCGGGCUUCUCUGACGAUGAAGUCGCUGUCGCUACACCGGAGAAACGUGCGGAACGGCUGUACAGAAUCAAGGACAGGCUGGUAUUGCACAGUCUGAACGCAGUGUAA